AUGAGUACAGAUAAAGUUACCAAUAACGCAGAUACAGAAGAUCAAUCUUUACUAGAGUUAAGAAUCAACAAAUUUGUCAAGGUGUUGCUCAAAGUUGUAUCUGCUGAAAGAGUUGUCAAACUAUUGAAGUACUAUUGUCCUUUAGCAGUGGAAUUUGAAGUACAACCAACACACGAAGAAAUUGCUGAUUUUUUGGAAGUUUAUUAUCUAAUGGUAUUCAAAUGGCAUUUCAAUAAGAAUGUUUCAUGGAGAAUUAAAUCACUUGGGUUUGUCUUGAGAUUCCAUACUUUGAGAAGAGUUUCUAAAUUUUGCAACAUCAUCUCAGGAAAAGCACGCAACUGUUUCAAGGUGUUGAAAAGAAGUUUCAAAAAUUUGACAAAGAAAACUGAGCACUCACAAAAACAACUCAUACUCAAAAACCUCUCAGAUAAAUCAAAAAACCCUGUUACUGGCUUUAAAUCUGGGUUCCCUGUGGAAAUUUGGAUGCUACUUGUGGAUUUCGGUCUUGAUGCUGGCAAUCUUGUUAGAGUUAACACUGAGUUGUUCAGUAUUUUUGCACCACGACUCUAUAAAUCAAUCCAUAUGGAUAUUGUUCUAAGUUCAUUGAAUCCUUUGAAAUCUAAAUAUUCACAUUAUCUAAAGCAUGGAGGUAACUAUCCUCAUCAUGCUUCAGAUCCAUUUAAAAUUUUUGAGAGUUACAAAGACUCAACAAAAUAUGAUUAUGAAUUUUUAGAUAUUGUUCACAGAGGAUGCAAUGACAAAGUUGUGACUUCCAUGGUUAUUAAUGAUCAAAAUGCACAUGUUCGUGUUGAGACUAGAGUUAUUAGAGAGUUCAAAAAAGUUCAACAAUUCUUUGAUAAUGUGAUCAUGAAUGAAAAUUCAAUCUUACGUAAAUUCAAUAAAGAACUUUCAAGUAAUGUAUUUGUUCUUGAUGGGUUUACAAAUUUAAUUGAAGAUUCCAACAAGCUAGGCAUCGAAUUACAGAAAUUGUCACAAAAUUCCAACUUGAACGUCAUGAGAUAUGAUAGUGAUGUCUUGAAUUCAUUUGGGUAUUCUUUUGAAUAUGAAGAUUUCAUUCGAGAUGACAAGCCAUUUGGACCAGGUGAUCUUGAAUUUAUGGAAGAGAUGGAUGCGGAACAGACUGCAGCUAGUAAACUUCUACCAGAGUGUGGGUUUUAUAAAGAAUUGCUACACCUAGGUAUUCAAUUUGAUGAAAUGAAAUCCAAUUUUUCGAGUAGAAGAGAGCUUUCAAAUUUAAAUGACGUUGAAUCAGUUAAGGAAUUAGACCCUAUCAAGAGUUGGAACCAAAGUUUACCAAGAUUCUGGACAAAAGAUGCAGUUUAUCAUAAAGGGCCAGAAAAUAUCGAGGUUGAUAAACGUCUAUUCUGCACAGAGGAAAAUACUCUAAAUUUCUUGAUAAAGUUUAUGGAUCCAUUCACCUUGAAAGACCAUAAUAGUGAAAGAAGUACAUCAUUAUUGUUUUCAGCACAAGUGUGUGAUGAAAGAGCUAAUAAUGAUACGACACGUCAUGGAAUGAUGAGCAUUGUUCCUCAAAACAUACUUAUAAAUAGAUUCAUGAAUUAA